AUGGCUUCCAACUCUGCCCCAACGCUCCUUUGGGGCGGCCGCUUCUCUGGCGCAAUUGACGACCUCAUGUUCCAGUUCAACGAGUCGCUCUCGUUCGACAAGGUGCUCUACAAGGCCGACCUCCACGGCUCGAUUACCUGGGCCAAGGCCCUGCGGAAGCUCAACGUUCUGUCUGACGAGGAAUUGGAGCAAAUCAUCACAGGGCUGCAGCAGGUCGAGAAGGAGUGGGAGGAGGGGAAGUUCGUCAUCGACACCAAAUCGGACGAGGACAUCCACACUGCCAAUGAGCGGAGGCUAGGCGAGCUAAUUGGCGAUGCCGCGGGGAAGCUGCACACCGGCCGCUCGCGUAACGAGCAGGUUGGUGUCGACAUGCGCCUGUGGGCGGGCGAGCAGCUCACCGAUAUCGCUAGCGCGCUCAAGAGCCUGCUCGCGGUCAGCGCCACCCGGGCCAAGGAGGCGCUGCCCAUUCUGAUGCCCGGAUACACACAUCUUCAGCGUGCCCAGCCCGUUCGUUUCUCGCACUGGCUGCUGUCGCAUGCCACCUUCCUCAAGGGCGACCUACAGCGCUUGGAAGGCGUUCAGGAGCGGGUCUCUUCGUGCCCCCUGGGCGUGGGGGCCUUGGCGGGCAACCCCUUUGGCAUUGACCGCGACUUUAUGGCCAAGGAUCUUGGCUUCCACUCAGUUCACCCGAACAGCUUGUGUGCUGUGGCGGACCGGGAUUUUGUUGUUGAGAUUCUGCAAUGGGCUAGCCUGUUGAUGGCACAUCUGAGCCGGUUGGCUGAGGAUCUUAUCUUGUUCUCAACGGCCGAGUUUGGUUUCGUUCAGGUUGCCGAUGCGUACAGCACUGGGAGCAGUUUGAUGCCUCAGAAGAAGAACCCUGACAGCCUGGAGCUCAUCAGGGGCAAGGCGGGUCGGGUGAUGGGCCAGGCUUCCGGCUUCCUGGCUUCGCUCAAGGGCCUACCCACCUCCUACAACAAGGACCUACAGGAGUCCGUUGAGCCCAUGAUCGAUUGCAUCAAGACGGUUUCCAACUGUGUGCGCAUCACCCAGGGCGUGCUGGACACGCUCACAAUCCACGGUGAUAAGAUGAAAGCGGCGCUGACGGAUGACAUGUUGGCGACCGACAUCGCCGACUACCUUGUUCGCAAGGGCGUGCCAUUCCGCAAGACGCACCACAUCGCGGGCGAAAUUGUGCGUAAGGCGGAAGAGUCCAAGGUGUCCAUCUCGGCGCUCCCGCUGGCGGAUCUCAAGACCAUUUCCCCCCUGUUUGAGGACGACAUUUCGCAGGUGUUCGACUUUGAAAGGAGCGUUGAGCAGCGGUCUUCGUCUGGCGGCACCAGUAGCAGCUCUGUGCUCGCGCAGAUCGCCGCUAUUGAAGAGUACGUGAAGAACUAG